AUGAGUAACGCUAACGCUGCUCAAAAGCGUCGCAUCGAUGCCCUUCUCCGUCUCCCGGAGAACAAGGUAUGUUUUGAGUGCCUAGAAAACCAACCGCGGUGGGCAAGUACUAACCUCGGGGUUUUUCUCUGCCUCCGCUGCGCCGGUCUUCAUCGAUCAGCAGGUACACAUGUUUCAAAGGUUCGUUCGGCCACCAUGGAUACUUGGGAGGAGGAAAUGAUUAGAUGUUGUGAAAACAUUGGUAACGCCCGCGGUCGGGUGCUGUAUGAAUACAACAUGCCCGACAGCGUUCGACCCAAUGCAUCCACAAACGGGGCCUUGGCGGAGCGUCUUAUACGGGAGAAGUAUGAGCAGAGGCGGUACUUUAACGUGGAGUACGACUCACUUUUAAAGAAGUUCAUGUCUGAAGGUGCGAGUCAAGGAUCUUCCACGCCCAAGGACGAGAAACGUGACGUGGUAGCUUCGGUGCCAGCUCCUCCGUCGCUUUGGGUUGGAAACUCCCAACAAACGGCCCAACCAACCCUGACCGCCGGCCAAACGAAGCAAAGCGCGUCGGCAAAUGGAAUAAGCAUAGAUGAUCUCUUCUCGACACCCAAUGCGAAAACUAACCCCAAUGUGGGAACACCGGUGUCGCCCCAACCGGUUGGAGUAGUGCCACAAGGGCAAUUCCAACAAACCUCAGGAAUGUUCCACCCAGCAGGUAUGACGCCGUUUGGCAUGGAAGUUCGCGGACCCUCUCAAGGAAACUUUCAAGCGCCUGCAGUGGAUGCAAAGCAGGAGAUUAUGUCUUUAUUUACUCCGAGUAAUCAAGGUCCUCCGCACGUAUAUAGUGCUUGGGCCCCAUCCGGUUCCUCCAAAUGCUUUUCUCCUCAGUAA